UAGCCGUUACAAUAAACAUAAACUAAACUUAUGUCUUGUCUUCUUCUUCCUCCACUCUCACCAUAAUUACUCUUGGCUUCAACUCCUCACUCACUCACAAAUUCCUUUCCCUCUCUCACUAAAAAUCAAACUUCUCUCUCUAACUCUCUUUCUUUGUUGUCAUCCAAAAAACAAACGAAAAGAAGAACACAACAAAGAACUAUAACUCUGCUGCUCUUCUUCAUCUUUCUUCUUCUUCUUUUUUUUUCUUUCAUAGUUUUGAAAUGAAUCAGCUUCACAGAAACUCAUUUCGGAUUUAUGAAAUUAGUUUCAAUUUAUGCAUGAGCUUCUUCUUGUGUCUCUUACUCUUGUCUGCUCAAGCUGUUGCAGGUGGUGGUGUUGGUGGUCACUCCUGGGAUGGGAUCGUGGUGACUCAAGGGAACUACCAGGCGCUCCAAGCAAUCAAACACCAACUCAUCGACUUCACAGGAGUUCUCAGAAGCUGGAACGACUCUUCCACCACCAGUGUUUGCUCCGGCGGCUGGGCUGGAAUCAAAUGCCUUCGAGGCCAAGUGGUCGCCAUUCAGCUCCCAUGGAAAGGACUCGGUGGCACUAUCUCCGAGAAGAUCGGACAGCUUCAGAGUCUCAGAAAACUUAGCCUCCACGACAACGUCAUUGCCGGUUCGGUUCCCCGUUCCCUUGGCUUUCUCAGGAACCUCCACGGAGUCUAUCUCUUCAACAACCGCCUCUCUGGUUCGGUCCCAGCCUCACUCGGCAACUGCCCUCUUCUCCAGAAUCUUGAUCUUAGCAACAACCAGCUAUCUGGAAUCAUCCCGCCUAGUCUUGCUGAGUCCACCAGGCUCUAUAGGCUCAAUCUCAGCUUCAAUUUACUCUCCGGUCCCCUUCCGGUUACAGUAGCCAGAUCACACACCCUCACUUUUCUCGACCUUGGGCAUAACAACCUCUCUGGAUCCAUACCUGACUUUUUGGUUAAUGCCUCUCGCCCUCUCAAAAAGCUGAAUCUUGACCACAAUCUCUUCUCUGGAGCUGUUCCCUUGUCCCUCUGCAAGCAGAGUUCGCUGGAAGAGCUUUCAUUAAGCCAUAACCAGCUCUUUGGUUCCAUCCCAGCUGAAUGUGGAGCUCUUCUACACCUUCAGAGCCUUGAUUUGUCUUACAACUCAAUCAACGGAACCAUCCCAGACACUUUCUCCAACCUCACAUCUCUCGUUUCACUAAACCUCCAAAGCAACCACCUCAAAGGCCCAAUCCCAGACGCCAUCGACAGACUGCACAACCUGACAGUGCUUAACCUCAAGAGAAACAAGAUCAACGGUCCUAUCCCAGAGACAAUCGGGAACAUAUCUGGGAUCAGACAACUCGAUCUGUCCGAAAACAACUUCACAGGUCUAGUCCCUCCCUCUCUAGUCAACCUGGCGAAUCUCACUUCCUUCAACGUCUCCUUCAACGCGCUCUCUGGUCCUGUCCCGCCUAUCUUCUCCAGAAAGUUCAACUCAAGCUCUUUCGUGGGUAACAGUCAGCUCUGUGGCUACAGUCCCUCAACUCCCUGCCCUUCUCCUAAACAACCUCAUCAUCCUCCUCUUUCACCUACCUCACCACAAGAACCAAGAAAACACCACAGAAAACUCUCCGUCAAAGACAUAAUCCUAAUCGCCAUAGGAGCUCUCCUAGCCCUUCUCCUCCUCCUGUGCUGUAUCCUACUCUGCUGUCUGAUCAAGAAACGCGCAGCCUUGAAACAAAAAGACGGCAAGGACAAGAUCACCGAGAAGACAGUAUCCGCAACCGCUGCAACAGCAGCAACAGGAGGAGGAGGUGAGAUGGGAGGAAAGCUAGUCCAUUUCGACGGUCCGUUCGUGUUCACCGCCGACGACCUCCUCUGCGCAACGGCUGAGAUCAUGGGGAAAAGCACAUACGGCACGGCGUACAAGGCGACGCUGGAAGACGGAAACGAAGUCGCGGUGAAGCGGCUGAGAGAGAAAACAACCAAAGGAGUCAAAGAGUUCGAAGCAGAGGUCACAGCUUUAGGCAAGAUCCGUCACGCGAAUCUCCUCGCGCUGAGAGCUUACUACUUGGGACCUAAAGGAGAGAAGCUCCUCGUCUUUGAUUACAUGUCUAAGGGUAGUCUCUCGGCGUUUCUCCACGCUAGAGGACCAGAAACCCUAAUUCCAUGGGAAACGAGGAUGAAGAUAGCGAAAGGGAUCAGCCGCGGCUUAGCUCACCUCCACAAGAACGAGACCAUGAUGAUCCACGAGAACCUCACGGCCAGCAACAUCCUCCUCGACGAGAAGACCAACGCGCACAUCGCCGACUACGGCCUCUCCCGCCUCAUGACGGCCGCCGCCGCCACUAACGUGGUCGCGACCGCCGGAACUCUCGGCUACCGAGCGCCGGAGUUCUCGAAGAUCAAGAACGCGAGCACGAAGACUGACGUGUACAGCCUGGGGAUCAUCUUGCUGGAGCUCCUGACGGGGAAGUCUCCCGGAGAGCCGACGAACGGGAUGGAUCUGCCUCAGUGGGUGGCGUCGAUCGUGAAGGAGGAGUGGACCAACGAGGUGUUCGAUCUCGAGCUUAUGAGGGAGACGCAGACCGUUGGCGACGAGCUUUUGAAUACGUUGAAGUUGGCUUUGCAUUGUGUUGAUCCGUCGCCGGCGGCGAGGCCGGAAGCGGUUCAGGUGGUGAAUCAGCUGGAGGAGAUCAGGCCGGAGGUGGAGACGACGGGGAUUGGAUCCGGCGGUGAUGGAGCUAAAGAAGAAGAAGGCGUAUAAAUUUAUAAUAUAUAUACACACUUUAUAAACAUACUUUUAUUAUAUGAUUGAAAUUAUUCUUUGAUUAUUCAUUUAAAUUUGUUUAUACAAAGUGAUUUGAAGUUUGUUGUGUUAGUUAUCUAUUGUAAGAAGACAGUACCUAUUCUUUUUGGUUGAAGUAAUGCAAUAAUUAAUUUUGGGAUUUA